AUGAUGGCAGCGAAGGAGGCGUUCUUCGAGCGGCAGCAGGCCUCCGACGCCGAGUUGUACCGGAAGCAGAAGGAGGCGGAAGGGUUGAUGGCGCUAGCCAAGGCGCAGCGGUUUUAUGUGAAGACUCUGCAGGAUGCGCUGAGAGGGGACUAG